GCACCCGCCGACCACCCGCCGACGCACCCGCUUCCUCCGGCCGGGAAAGGGGCCGACGCGGCGGUGAGUGAGCGCAGCGCGGGCGGGCGGGGGGAGCCGGCGGGGCCGGCCCGUUCCGCGCCUCCGCCGCCCUUUGUGGGCGCCGCGUCCCGCCCCGGCCGGGCCCGGAGGGCACCAUGCGCCGGCAGAGCUCCCCCUCUCUCGGCAGUGACCGCGCGGAGGAGAAGGGCCCCGCCAGGGCGGACGGCGGCGGGGACGGGGCCAUGCGAGCCCGCAAGAGAAAAGCUGAUAUGGCCACGUUCUUACAGGAUCCCGAUGAAGAAAUUGCCAAGAUGGAGCUGACUAGAAAAAAGCAGUGUGCAAACCAGGUAAUUGAUUUGGCUUCUGGUAAUCUUAUUUAGCCCUGUUAUUGUUUUGC